GCACGCGGCGCAGGCGCAUGAGCCUCAGCAUGCACGCUGUGGUUCCCGGCGUGCUUUACGGCGCUGGGCUCUUCUCAGAUCCUCGGUAUGGUGACCGCGGGUGCUAGGGCCACCCGGCUGCUCGUGCUCUUGCUGAUAGCAGCCGCGGCUCCGAGUAGGGCCCGAGGCAGCGGCUGCCGGGUCGGGGCGGCCGCGCGCGGGGCUGGGGCUGAUGGCCGUGAAGGUGAAGGCUGUGGUACUGUGGGAUUGCUGCUGGAGCAUUCAUUUGAGAUUGGUGACGGAGCCAACUUCCAGAAGCGUGGCUCGCUGCUCUGGAACCAGCAGGACGGCACCUUGUCCGCGACACAACGGCAGCUCAGUGAGGAGGAGCGGGGCCGGCUCCGGGAUGUGGCUGCCGUCAAUGGCCUCUACAGGGUCCGGGUCCCAAGACGGCCUGGGGUACUUGAUGGUUCAGAAGCUGGAGGCUAUGUGUCUUCCUUUGUCCCAGCGUGCUCCCUGGUGGAGUCACACCUCUCGGACCAGCUGACCUUGCAUGUGGAUGUGGCUGGCAACGUGGUGGGACUGUCGGUGGUAGCGUACCCCGGGGGCUGCCGGGGCUCUGAGGUAGAAGACGAGGACCUGGAGCUGUUCAAUACAUCUGUGCAGCUGCGGCCUCCAGGCACUGCCCCAGGCCCUGAGACUGCAGCCUUCAUUGAGCGCCUAGAGAUGGAGCAGGCCCAGAAGGCGAAGAAUCCUCAGGAGCAGAAGUCAUUCUUUGCCAAAUACUGGCACCUCAUCCUGGGGGGGGCCGUGUUGCUCACAGCCCUGCGUCCUGCUGCCCCAGGGCCUGCGCCAGCGCCAACGGAGGCCUAAUGGAUGUACAUCAUUCCAGUUGUGCUGUUCCUCAUGAUGUCGGGAGCACCAGACGCUGGGGGCCAGGGCGGCGGUGGGGGUGGGGGCAGCGGCCGGUGAGCAGCUGUUCCACCUAGAGUCCCCCAGAGCUUCCUGUCCUUGGCAAGCCCACGAAGAAGUUCCUGUCCCUCCAUCUCCCUGUUGCAUGACCAUGGAAGGCUCUCCCUUCCCAGGAGCCGUUGGCCUUCUUGCAGGUCCUUCCUUCUCCCCCUGAGCCUCUCUGUGUUGACUGAGAGCCAGGGUGCGCCUCCCUGUAGCCCCUCAGGCCCACUGGCUUCCCUGGGUGCUGUGUGCCUGUGCCCUGCCGUGCAGCACUGUGUCCCUUUGCUGAACACCCACUAUCCCCACCCACACCACUCCACCAUGUAGUUUGGGAACAUGCCAAGUUCUCUCCAGCCUCUGUGCCUUUGUCCCCAUGCUCCAUGCACCCCUCACUGUCACACUCAGGCUCCUUGCCAAGGAUGUGUGGCCAGGAGGCCUCUGCUGCUGGUGGCCGGGUCUGCCUGCACAGUGUGUUGAAGCCUCCGGCCCACUGUCCAUUUGGCAUUCUGUACUCUUUGCCCCCCUUCCUGGUGCCCCAGAAAACUAUGGUGACUUCCUUUCUGUCUCUGGAUGUCCCACUCGGGGUACAGCACCAGGAGAGAAUUGUGAGUCUCGUCAUUAGUCUGUCUUUUGUAAUGUAACUCUGGCAAUUUGCGUGCGUGUUUUGAGAGCCUGGUUUGAGCUAGCUGCUUGACAGCUGCCGGUGUGGCCGUGCACUUGCACACGUGUGUGGCCCUGGGCGUGGGGUGCUGUGUAGCCUCAGCUGUGUUGGGCGGCUGCUGAUUAAACCGUUCCCCAGACAGCCGCCGUUCAUCUCGCUUCCUGCCUUCUGUGGUUGUAAGUGGUCCCGAGGGCUGCUGUCAUCUGCCUGAUUUAUGUUUGGAUGGCGUCUUAGGACGUGUUACAGAGGGAUGCCUGGGGCAGAUUAAAAGUGUGGGAACAGGGACACCUUCCAACUGCAGGAGGAGGCUGGUUCCUGACCCUCCUGGCACAUUUGUUCAUUCCCUUCCCAGAACAUCUACACUUGUUGGCACAGCAGCUGCACCGUUCGUAUUGUCCCCUCACUAGAUGGCCAGGGUGUAACCUGGCCUCGUGUGUUGGUGCAUUUGCUAUCAAUUGGAAUCCCAGCAUUCAGUAGGCGAAGGCUGCCUGAGCUCCAUAGUGACUUUAAGGCUAGUCUAGGCUACAUAGCAAGACCCUGUCUUAAAGAACCAGUGGGGUUCAGUUGGUAGAAUGCUUGCUUCACAUGCGUGAAGCUGUGGGUUCCAUUCCCAGCAGUGCAUAAUCCAGCUGUACAUGGUGGCACACACUCAUGGCAGCACUCGGGAGCCAGGAGGGUCAGAAGUUCAAGGUGUUGCUUGGCUAGUUAGCAGGUUUGAGGCUAGCCUGGGCUACUUGAGACUCCCUGCUCACAAAUAACAAAAACCAAGACCGUUCUCUGCACUUUGAGCCUGCCCUGUGAGGACCAGUUUCCUUAGUCCGGUGACUGCAGGUGUGACCUGGAGUUGGAGUCACAUUUGUGCUGUGGUGAUGCCGCACCUGACAGGAGCAGCUGAGGGGGAAGGCUGAGCAGGCUCAUGGUUCAGAGGGCUUUCGCCCAUCCUUGUGGGGUUGGCCUGACAGGGCUGCUUAAUUCAUACAAGCCAGGAUGUGACGGAGGCUGCUCGUAUCCUGGUAGACGGGACGCUGAGGGAAACGUAGUAGUGUGGGUCAGAGAGACCUUUAAAGGCCUACUCAAGGUCUCCCACCCCUCAAGGUCUACUCCCUCCAGCUGGGUCCCACCUGUGAAGGUUCCCUAACCUCUCAGAACAGCACUGCCUGGGACAUCGGUCUGUCAGGGAUGUUUCACUGUCACACCAUAACACAGUGCUCCAGUUAUAAAAGCCUCCCCAACAGGCCAUCCUCAGGUGUGGGCUUGGGAAACGGCAAAAUGCCACCUGUCACACCUGUUCAGCAGCCAGAAACCUCCAGCCUGCCAUCUCCACAUCAGCUCACAGUCGUGUGUCCCCUUGUGGUGUCCUCUUCCUGAGCCUCCAUGCCCCCAGCUGCUUCUCCCUGGCCAGUGUGGCUACUCAGACCCCUGCACACCAUAGUGUGACAGAUGGCCCGGGGCCCAGGGGCUUGGCCAGUUCUCGUCCCCUUGCUGUUGAUGGAAGUUGACUGUUCUGCAUGGAGUGGUGGCCUAGCGUCUUGCCAACUUCCAUGGUGACCAGGAUGACAGCCGCAGAGGCUGUGCUUCCUGUCUCUAUUCUGUGCUGACCUCUUUUCUGAUUACUACAGAGGCACAGUCUGAUGGCUUUUUCUGGAAGGUUUGGUAUGCAGAUCUCAACUUGGUCUGAUUGUCAGUGCUGCCUUCUGGGCUGGAAUGUAACUUGGUGGUUAGAUGCUUGCCCAGCAUGUCUAAGGAAGACGCUGGGUCCAUUUACAGCACUGCCAAACAAUCCAGAAUAUAUAAAGAACUGGAAAAACUAAGAAAUCAAAACAGCUUAAGGGGUAGAUGAGCUAAUGAAAUGAAUAGACUGCCCUCAAAGGAUGAGAAACAGACAGUAGAGAUGAAGAGUGUUCACAGGUUGUCAGGGAAGUGAAGGCUGGGGUGUGGUGCACGUAGAGUGCUUGCCAUUACCUACGAGGCCCUGGAUUCAAACAGCAAGAGCCUAUGUUGAGAGUCUGCCUCACCCCAGCCAGUUAAAUCAAGUGCAGGCUGGGGUGUGUGUGACAUCGAGCUCUCACUGCUGGUGGGAGUGCAAACCAUCCCAACCUCUGUGGAAGUGGGUACAGAAGGUCCUCAAGAAAUUGGUGUUAGGUCUUCCACACCAGCUAGGUCUGAUGCAACUCUGCCUCGUGAGCACUUCCCUGAAGUCUGGGAUGCCAGCGUUCCAGAGGAGCUCCCGCACGAUGACUGCAGAGCAUGGAACUACCCCCGGUGUCCAGUGACAGCAGAGUGGGGGAGGAAAAUACAAAUAUACAAUGGAGUUGUUUUCAGUCAUAAAGAAUGAAACCGUGUUUACAGGAAAAUUGUUGCAGCUAAGCCUGGCUGAGACACAUGAAACACGUAGCCUCUCAUUUGUGGUUCCUAGAUUUUAUAAACAUGAUCAGAAGUGAAACUAUCCAGAAGGAUGAAGAAUAACAGGAAGAGAAGGGGAGGCGGGCUGGGUGCGUAUGGCAGAUGUGCUCUCAUACAAGGCCCACAUUUGGGACUGGUGGGAUGGUUCAGCAGCUGAAGGUGCCGCUAAGCCUGAUGACCUGAGAUCCAUAUGGUAGACAAAUGACUCCUCGAGGUGUCCUUAGACCUCUCCUGCAGGUCACAGCAAGUUGUGUGUGUGUGAGGGAGAGAGGAGAAAGAAUUUUCAAACUUGAGCAUGUGCCAGAACUUCUGAGAAGCUCCAGGUGCAGAGCCCUCUUCACAUUUGGUGGAUGGAGCUGUGGUGUCUGUGGCUGGUGGCUUGGCUUCCCCUCCACUUGAGGUUGUUUUCAGCCAGCGCUUCUGUGCUCUAGCUGCUGAAUCCAUUAGACACUCUGGGGCUCCAUCCCAGCUAAACUCACAGUUCUUGUGAGUUCCCAGAGAGCUAGCUCGCUGUCCAGGGUGCUAGGGAUUUAGACACAGUAGCGCCCCAUCCCUGCUCCCCUAUGGGAGCAGCUGCUGUCGGUGCAGACAGAGGGCAACAGCAGUCUCUGCAGGAUGGUCUUGCAAAAGCCUAUAGCUCUUGUGUGACACAUGCUGGCGAAGGCUCCAGCCACCUCCUCCCAUCUCUAGCUUAUUCUGUUCACAGCCAGUCAUCAGUGGGUCUCUGGGUCUGCUUGGCCAGUGCUGCAGGAGACCUGUACACCUGCGUUGUUCCUGCUUGCUUUCUUUCUUUCUUUCACCAUAUGUAUCUGCAGGAUGCUUGGCCAGAUGACUUGCUGGGUGAGAUCUGAGCUUGCGUGUGCACGUUAUGCGUUCUCACUUGUGCUUUGGGCCGUGUUGCACUCUGCCUCAGCUCGCUCCUGUCAGUGGCUCCAACAGCCUUGCUUCCCUGACUGGCCCUAGAUCCUCCAGACUGCACCUCAUCUGCCACUCAGCUCCCUGUGCCUCUGCCCCUGCACAGUGGCUCCUGGAUCAUUGCUCUAGAAAUACUAUCAUUGGUCCAGCCUUAGGACAGGGUCCUGCUCCGCACCAUCCCCCACCUCACCAUUCCUGCCCCUUCAGGCUGCCCCAGAGGUAGCCCUGUAGUAAGACACCCACCUGGACCUUCAGUCUGGCCUUCACCCUGACCUUCCCACCCAUGGCAUUCCCCACCCUCUGUCCAUCCCAUCUUGGGCUUCCAACACCAGAGCUGACUCCAUUGCUGCCCUCUCGUGGCUUCUAGCACCCACAGGACAAACUCCCAGCCCACUCAUCCUGGCCUGGCAUUUGAUGCCCAUAAUCAGUGCAUCAGGCCAGGCUUCUUAAACUCUGUCUUCCUGCCACAAUCACUGUGUCCACUUAGCUGGUCCCAGCUCAGCCCUUGGUCCUCUCCUGGACCCUCCUUAGCUUGUUGGCCUCAGGCAUAAGCUGGAGGUGGGUCAGGGGGUAGACGAUCCCCCUUUCCUUGCCCCAUGCAUGGAUGCCCUUCUCUUUUCCCCAGGAAGAUUCCCCUUUCUGACUUCUAGCUUCAGGCUGGCACUUAAUCUGCCCUCGGCUACUUUGAUAUCUUGUGUGACUCUGCUGCCCCAUUGUAGCUGCUGGAAUUCAGGGAAAUACUCUGACCAGAGCAGGGGCCAUUCUUGGGCUUCUAGCUGUUCCCCACUGACCUGGCUAGUUCUAGUCAACUUGAUAUAAACUGGAGCCAUCUGAAAGGAGGAAGCCACAACUGAGAAAAUACCUCCAUAAGAUCCGGCUCUAGGGCAUUUUUUUCUUUUUCUCUCCCACCUCCAACAGGGUUUCUGUGUGUAGUCCUGGCUGUCCAGGAACUCACUCUGUAGAACAGGCUGGCCUUGAACUCAGAGAUCCGCCUUCUCAUUAAAUGUGUGUACCGCCA